GUCAGUUGUUCUUUACAACAGGACUCAAUUGAUCACCAAAAGUUUAUGUGGCUAGACAUACCAGGUGCUAGUUUCGUAAUAUGCUAUUGGAAAUUUCUUGCUGGAUCAGCCAGUUACACAAUUGCAGCCAUGUGGAAGAGUUGUAAGCCAAAUGAAGAUGCUCCACCAGGUGUGGAAUCUCUAAAACCGGUUAAAUACCUGUUACCGACAAUAAAUCUGGGAUUUCUGGGAAAUGUGGUGGUCGCUGGGCUUAAUUUUUUCAGUUUCAUACUGGACUUAUUUUCAUGGGGUGAAUCAACCCUGGCAGCGAGGAAACUCGCACUCCAUAAGGAAAUUAAGGCUGACAUAGUUUCGAAAACCAAAGGCUCAAUCACACUACGAGGAAAAAGAGAACAAAGGGCAAUUCAGAAAGAAUUUGACAGUUUAAAUAUCACCACGAUGCAUCAAGUUUUUUCAUUGCCGAUCAGAAAAAACGGGUCGAGACACUGCCUAGGAACGAGACAAGUGUUAAGUGAAGAAGAGCACAUUCAGCCGGAUGGAAAGUCCUUGAAAAAAGUAAACCUCGGUUCAUACACUUGGCUUACUUAUGCAGAAGUGGACCAUAUUGCAAAAUCAUUCUCCUUGGGAUUGACGAAAUUUGGCUUGGCGCCACGCGGGAAAAUUUGCAUAUUUGCGGAAACUAGGGCAGAAUGGCUUAUCGCAGCGGUGGCAGCGUUCAAAAAUUCGUAUCAAGUGGUCACGUUGUACGCCACGUUGGGCGAGGAGGGCGUCCUCCACGCCUUGAACGAAACGGAAUGCCCCGUUGUCCUCACGUCGGCGGAAUUGCUGCCUAAAUUCAAAUCAAUCUUGGAAAAGACGCCUCACAUUAAGCACCUCAUUUUUAUGGAGCAUCCAAUCAAAGCGACGAAUACAUCGGGUUUGAGUAGCAAGGUGGAAAUCCAUCAAUUUAAAGAGGUCGUAGAAAUCGGGAAGAAGCUCGGUGGGGCAGAGCUCCGACCUCCUCUACCGGACGACGUUGCUAUUAUCAUGUACACUUCCGGUUCUACAGGGACCCCGAAGGGGGUGUUGCUCUCGCAUAGAAAUAUUGUGGCCUCCCUGUACGGAAUGACGGAUGCAAUGGGUGACACUUCUGAUCGGGAUACAUAUCUCGCCUAUCUUCCAUUAGCCCACGUGCUCGAAUUGGUUUCUGAAUCGCUCUGUUUCUUCAGCCGUGUCCCAAUCGGGUACUCUUCACCGCUCACCUUGACAGAUAAAUCGCCCAAAAUUAUGGCGGGAACUACCGGCGACGCCGGGAUUAUCCAGCCCACUCUAAUGGUCUCGGUGCCCCUUGUGCUGGACAGGAUUUACAAAGUGGUUCUAGAUCAAGUUAAUGGCUCGAGUAAAAUUAAACAGGCCGUCUUCUACUGGGCGUACGAUUACAAGUUGAAGUGGUACUACAAGGGGUACUCAUGCCCUAAAGUGGACGCCUUGAUUAUGAAGAAAACUAGGGAAAUUUUGGGUGGACGGGUCCGCGUUAUGGGAUGUGGAGGGGCCCAAUUAUCCCAGGAAACUCAAGAAUUUGCCAAAAUUUGUCUAUGCCUUCCCUUCCUAGGGAUAGGAUAUGGCCUAACGGAGACCUGCGGUGGGUCGGCAACUUCGAUGGUUGCGGAUCUGUCUGUGGGCCGGAUUGGUCCUCCAUUCCAGUGCUGCAAUAUUCGCUUGAUUGACUGGGACGAGGGCAAUUAUUCUGUUCAAGAUCAGCCCUUCCCCAGGGGAGAAAUUUGCAUCGGGGGCCCAAAUGUGGCAAUGGGUUAUUUGAAAGAAGAUGAUGCAAGCAAGGACGAUUUUUUCGAGGAGGGUGGCACCAGAUGGUUUCGAACCGGGGAUAUCGGACAGCUCGAGUCGGACGGGAGUUUCCGUAUUAUUGACAGGAAAAAAGAUUUGGUCAAAUUACCAAUGGGCGAAUACCUAAGCCUUGGAAAGGUUGAGUCCAUCCUAAAAACGUGUCCAUACAUUGACAACAUUUGCAUUGUUGGAGAUUCCUUGAAAAACUUUUGUAUCGCGUUGAUCGUUCCCAAUGAAAAAUUGAUGAUGGAAGUUGCCUUUCGUCUCAACAAAGACAACAUUACCUGGGAGCAGAUGUGUUCAGAUGGGCAAAUUGAAGCAUUUUACCUCCAAGUAGUUCAAGAUUUUUGUAAAUCCGCGAAACUCUACAAAUAUGAAAUCCCUGCCGCCAUUAAAAUUUGUUCCGAAAUUUGGACCCCGGACAAUGCCAUGAUCACGACAACGUUUAAGCUUAGGAGACGGGUAGUUCAGGAGAGAUAUCAGACAGACAUUGAUUAUAUUUACGCACGACUGACAUAAAUUAAUUUACCUGGUUUAAAUUUAACACAAACAUUCUAGACAAAAAAAUAUAGGAACGUGUCGCCUCAGGUUUUUGCAAUUUUUAAAAAAUUUCUUUCGAAUGCUCGGCUUACCUACAAAUAAUUCCAGAAACUAGUUUUUUUCUGAAAACUCAUUUGAAUUUGCGCUGUCUGACUUUGAUGCUUAAAGGCUUUAAGGAAAUGACAUAAUAAAAUAAUUUCAUUGUUUUAAAAAAAAUAAUAUAUAAAGAGUGUAUAGGUGAGAAGUG